AUUUAAUAUGGCCGCCAAUGCAAAAAAAAAAUGGUGCAGUAAAUGAUCAACAAUAAAAAAGUUUAGGAAAUGUUUGGAGAAAUGGUUAUAGUGUAGCUUAUCCUAGCCAUACACGAGGUAAAUGGCUACGAAAUCGCAAAAGCGUCCUCUCUUUGGUAGCCUAGGUGAUUCUGAAAAUGGCACGGGCGAUUUUGGGGAAGAUGAAGGAAUUGAACUGGAAAAUGUUCAGAAACUCAGGAACGAGGAGGGAGAUGAAACGAUUGUUGGUCUGUCCUGUGACGAGGCAUACAGACGUUUCUGCGGGAUCAUCCGUCAUGAACUGACGGUGUUCAACCAGGCCAAUAACAUCGGACCAUGGCGUGAUUUUGUUAGAAUGUUGGCAAACACUAGCGCAACUUUCAAUUUUAUAUCUUUGGGUCUGGUUCUGCUUCAAAUAUUUCUCAUAAUUCUAGGCUAUGCCUUCCAGGAGAGCAGGAAGGCUUUGCCAAUGGUGGAGCUAUCUAUAAUUGUGGCCAUAACUGCUCUGAAUAUUGUUCUUGGCGUGAGGGAAGAGAGGCUGAGGAAGACAGAACUAUCAAAAAAGAUUGCCAAGUUCUUGACACAAUGCCAGGCAUAUAGAUUGUCCUGUCCUUGGUCUGACGCUUCCUAUCCACAUCUUGCCACGCCCAGUACAGAUUCCCUCUCAUUAGUUUGGACCUACCGUAAGAACAGGCUUGUCAAUGUGCCUGCAAACCUGCUGGUCGAGGGAGAUGUGAUUGUGUUGGGCCCUGGGCAGAAAUGUCCUGCUAAAGUACAACUGAAAUCUCCAAAUGGUGAGAGAAUUUUCGAUGCAGGAGAAAUAUAUCGUCCUGAGAAUGAAGAACAGCAAGCUGCAGAGCAUUUAGAAAACGAAAGACUGUUUUCCUGUCAACCAUGUCCGCGGCAAAAAUUUACGGUUGUGGAAGCCCCGCUUGAGGGAAAAUUGAGAACCACAUUCUACAGUUCUCAAAGAAGGCCAACAAGUCUGCUGGAUAAUGAACGAUGUUACGUUAUAAAACAAGUUCUGCAAUUUCGAGUGAUCCCGGUUUUUUG